CUGGGGUGCAGGCAGGGGAAAGUCUGGGCAGGCUCCCCGUGGGGAGCAUGCAGCCUGUCCCUGGCCAUGGACAGUGGACCAACUGGAGUUAGGCGGUGCCUUGAGGCGGGGGGUGAAGAUGCCCACUGCCCAGCACCAGGAUCUGUGCGUGGCACCACACACAGGGGCUCCCACCGUGACCACGUAGGCCCCGCACUGAGCCACUCCAGGCACAGGUGCCUCCACAAGCUCCAGGGCGCACCCGCAGCCUGGGGCAGGAGGGCAGGAGACCUGAGGUGGGCGCAGGCCUGGGGCCGUGCUGGGCCCUCCACACCCCGCUGCACAGCUUUGGCCUCGGGGUGGCAGGGUUCCCACCAGAUCCUGGAGGCCAAGGGUUAAAGAAGGGGCGGGCGGCUUGCACAGAUGGACACCCUUUGCAGCCAGUGACUCACAGCCCAGCUGGGACAGGCGGAGAGGGGAGGAGGUGGCGGCUGCAGCCAGCCGGGUGGACCUGCAGAGGAAGGAAUUUCUGGGGAGUGGAGGCCACCGCACUGCCCAGCAGUCCCUCCGGGGAGGGGAGGGCUCUGGCCACCUGUGGCUGCACUGUCCCCUGACAAGGCCUUUUCUCACCCUCGACCUCAGUUUCCCCACUUCCUGGGGGGGGGAGCGAUAGGAGAUCUGGUUGAGGGACAGGUCACUUUUAGCAGACAUGGGGUAGGCAGACCCAUGAUCUGUGGCCAACCAGGGUGGACCAGUCUCCUGCUGGGUCGUCCCCCCCAGCUCACCCCCCUCCCAGGCUCAUGAUUGGCAGCCCGAGGCCUCCCCCCACCCGCCGGAGUCAGGGCCACGGCCUGGCCUCCUGGCUCGCUCCCCAAUCACCCCUCUCCUCCGUCGCAGCUGCAGCCCCAACAAUAGACACAUGUGCUGGCCGCUGGAGAGUGACCUCACCCCUGGACCCUAGGUCACCUACCAAAGGGGAAUGAGGGCAGCUGCCCUGCAGCUGGUAAUAGGCCACACCCCACAAGGGGGAGGUGGGGCGGCAGGUGCUCAGCCAGCAUCCGGGGAGCUGGGGUUGGUGGUGGGGGCGAAGCUGUGCCUUCCAGGAACCUUUAGGGGAAAGGCCAGAUCAAGGCCCAGACAAAGACCUCGUCCUCCAGGAAGUCUCCCUGCCAAAACGACCUGCCUGACCUCACCGCGCCCCUCCCCUGCCACCCAGGGCCAGGACACAUGGAGGUGCUCGGAAACGUACCUCCAGAGCAGUCUGGCUCCGAAACCUCGCAGACCAAGUGGAGGGGGUCGGGGUGAGGGGGCUUCCUCCCUAGUGAGCCACAGUGGCUCCAAGGGGCCCCGAGGGUCUGUGUGAGGGGUCCUCGGGCAGGAGGGCUGCGCUCGCAGGACAGUCCUGCCAAGCCCUUCUUCAGAGCUGGGGAUGGCCUUUCCGCCAAGGUGCCAGGUGGGCGUGCCAGCCGGUGAGCUGCGAGCAGGGACCUGGACCCUCCGAGCCUGGAGAUGGCUGGGAACUGCUCCUGGGAGGCCCAUGCCACCAGCAGGAACAAGAUGUGUCCCGGCCUGAGCGAGGCCCCGGAGCUCUACAGCCGCGGCUUCCUGACCAUCGAGCAGAUCGCCAUGCUGCCCCCGCCGGCCGUCAUGAACUACAUCUUCCUGCUGCUCUGCCUGUGCGGCCUGGUGGGCAACGGGCUGGUCCUCUGGUUUUUCGGCUUCUCCAUCAAGAGGACCCCCUUCUCCACCUACUUCCUGCACCUGGCCAGCGCCGACAGCGCUUACCUCUUCAGCAAGGCCCUGUUCUCCCUCCUGAACGCGGGGGCCUUUCUGGGCACCUUCGCCGACUUCGUCCGCAGCGUGUCCCGGGUCGUGGGGCUCUGCGCCUUCGUUGGCGGCGUGAGCCUCCUGCCGGCCAUCAGCACAGAGCGCAGUGUGUCCGUCAUCUUUCCUGCCUGGUACUGGCGCCGGCGGCCCAAGCGCCUGUCGGCCGUGGUGUGCGCCCUGCUCUGGCUCCUGUCCCUGCUGGUCACUGGAAUUCACAACUACUUCUGUGUGUUCCUGGGCCACGCAGACUCCGGGGCAGCCUGCAGGCACAUGGACAUCGCCCUGGGCAUCAUCCUCUUCCUGGUCUUCUGCCCACUCAUGGUGCUGCCCUGCCUGGCCCUCAUCUUGCACGUGGAGUGCCGGGCACGGAGGCGCCAGCGGUCAGCCAAACUCAACCACGUGGUGCUGGCCAUGGUCUCCGUCUUCCUCGUGUCCUCCAUCUACUUGGGGAUCGACUGGUUCCUCUUCUGGGUCUUCCAGAUCCCGGCCCCGUUCCCCGAGUACGUCACCGACCUGUGCAUCUGCAUCAACAGCAGUGCCAAGCCCAUGGUCUACUUCCUGGCCGGGAGGGACAAGUCGCAGCGGCUGUGGGAGCCUCUCAGGGUGGUCUUCCAGAGGGCCCUGAGGGACGGCGCCGAGCUGGGGGAGGCUGCAGGCGGCACGCCCAACACGGUCACCAUGGAGAUGCAGUGCCCCUCUGGGAAUGCCUCCUGAGAGGCCUGCGACGUGGACCCUGGCCUCCAGAGACUCUUUGCCACCGACAGGAACAGGCACCUGCCUCGGUGCCCGCGUGGGAGGACCAUCUGGCUCGGCCCCUCCUGCCUCCUUCUCCCAGGGAUGGAGGCCCUGGGGGUGGCCAAGAGGCCGAGCAGCCACCAGCACCCCCAGCCACUCUGCCUCAGUGACCCACGAUACCAAAGUCACCCCACGCGGUGGGGCCCUCCUCGCCCUGGGCUGGUCGGCACAGGGGAGGAGGUGGCCGCAGCCCCGCCACCUCCUGCCCUACAGCCUCGUCCCCAGGGGUGGACUGCUCUCGAGAUUCCGUCCCCAGGGCGGAGCAUGAGCUGACCUGAACCCAACGGUGCUACCUGGGAGAGGUGUCCCUUCAUGGCCUUGCAGCCAGAUCUUUCUGCAAACAACAUCCCUGUCCCCUUGGUGAGUCAGUUGGUGACUUUAAUGGGGAAACGCCUGGCCCUGGGGCCACUCGAGACCGGAAGGACGGCCUUUUCUAACUCUGUGCCUGGCCAGCCCUGGGCAGCCUCCCAAGCACUCUGUGUCCUCCAGGCCACUGUGGACCAUAUGGGCAGUUCCUGGACCGAGUCCCUGGGCUCUAGCACCACCCAGAAGUGGGCUCUGGCUCUGUCCUGUCGCCUGGGGACUGGCACUGUGGUGCCCAACAAGCACAGUGGCCCCAUGUAGCCACAGGGAGUUCUGUAAGACAAUGAAGUGUCACCAAUAAACGUUUUGUACCUUGCCGCGAGGCAGGCUGAA